GCGUUAGCCUUUGAGUGGAUUGGGUCUUAUUGUUUGUUAUCUUCAAUGUUAAACUAGCUGUCUACUUUUUUGGGACAUGACUUGCGACUUGAUCAAGUUAAUAUCGCUCUAUAUUAGUCGUUACCUUUACAUAGGAAUGGAGGAUUUCUUUACACUAACGGCUGCAAUGCAUAUUGACUUUGUUGUGUUCCCGACUCUCAAAUUUUAGAGGAGGGAACUUCCAGAAAUAGUUGCUUCCACCCAAACAUUGGUUUAAAUAUUUGCCCCUGUAAAAUCUGGAGUUUGUUAGACCUUAUUUCUGAACGCAGGUUUGGCAAAGUGUCAAGACUACUUAGAUCUAUAUCAGGCACGGUGUCAAUCGCAGUAGACUCUCGAUAGCAUAGACACAAACCGGCUCGUUGAUGGCCCCUGCCACGGGCUCGUUUUGUACUUGGGAAAGAGUUGAAUCAUUGGCCGUUAACUUGAAAAUAGUUUAUUUUCUUCCAGUUAUUUAAGAGGUCUUAGUUAUAGGUAGUCAGAACAGCUUGACUCAGGCAGAUAGUUUACAUUGAAUACGAAAUACUUUGGCUUCUAACAACUUUGUCAGGAAUAAUGGUCCUUAUAAAAACAGAUCAAGACCAUUAGCUGAUUGACAUUGGGGCCAGAAGGAUGGUUCACAGAAUGUUUCUUGCCGAGCCCCAGUAAAACCUUAACACCAGCUUGGAUGCUAGAAGUGGCACUCUGUGGCCGGGAUCGUCUACAGUGCCUCGAGGUUCUGUACGCGAAGUAUGCUGGCCCAUAAUGGACUGGCUCUCAUCACUGAAAAGCUCCAGAACCAGCGCCUGGAAGAAUCCUCUCAGAGUACCAACAUUAGUUGUAGCAGUAAGUCACCGCAGGAGAGUACAGCCAAAGCACCAUGUCAGUCAGAACCUAACAAGCUAGCCAUUAAAGGCACCAAUGUGUGGGCACUAUCCUUGGAGUCAGAACGCCUUUCUAGACAUGAGUUCAGUUCUCCUGAUAGCAAAACUGGACUUCGGGCACCUGACAAGAUUCAAACCUCCAAUAUAUGUCGGCACAAAAAGUUUCCCACCUCUGGUCAGAUCUGUGAUAUUGCACCCGGAACACCAUCAGCGCCGCCCAAAAAAAAGCAUUGCAGAUCAUUGUCUGUUCCAGCUGAUGGUCUGGUUGUCUAUCCCACCACAUCAAAAGAGUCAAGUAAAAUAUGGAAACCUAUCGCUGUGAUUCCUCGCAGCAACAAUAACUUUCCUGAGAAAGAUAGAAACAGUCUGCCUGUGUUCUCUAGUGAAGCUGGCACAUGGCUGCCAACUAAAUCCUCAGGUUUUAAACUUGUUCCUGUUGUUUCAUCGCCACCUAGUGUGGAUAGCGGACACUACACUACGUCUGACCUACAGACUCCUCCAGGCUCACCCGUGCCAAGGCCAGCUUCUGCAACCAGCGAGUGUUCCUUCAGCUCUCACGGGUCAGUGUGGCAUGAUUAUAGCCCCAUCAGGAAUAGGGUACGGGUUCUGGAAAACCGAAGUCUUUCAUGUGAGGAUCAGAUCUCAGGAUCCUCCACCAUUUCAAUACCCUGUGCGCAUGGCAGAUCGGAUAUAAGCUCCCGCUGCCGCAGCAACAGUCAUUAUGGCAGCAUUAGUUGUAACAGCAGUGGCAUCCCAAGGUGUCAUUCCCAACCGUGUGUCCUCCAUCAUAGACGAUGUGGCAAGAAACGGAGGAGGGACUGUGAUAGGCCAACACUUAACUUUAAUAAAAUGACAGAGACUGCCUAUCCAAUGUACCCAGACUCUCAUAGUUAUUCAGAGCUUUGGUGUUCCGGUGAUAAACAGUUUGACAACAUUAGCCGCAUGGAUUUUAUUCUCAACACUAUAGCCAGUUCACCUUUAGACUCAGAGUUACCUAUAAUAACAAAGGACUCAGUGGAUACAGAAUUGACUCAAGCAGCUUCCCUGGCUUUGCCUUUAACACCACCAGACCAUUCCUCCCCAACACUCCUGCAGCGCUUCAGUGCAGGUGUUGGAGAGGAAGAUGAAGAGGAUGAAGAUGAGGAUACCAGUAAUUGUGAUUGCCAUGACAGUAGGGUAGAGGAUGGGGUGGGUCUGUUUCAAAUGAAUGAUUUAGACUUGGAGCAGAUAGAGAAUCACUGAUGUAAACACCAAAUUAGAUGUCUCUUUAAAAUAUUUUAGGUUGCGUUAAAUUAGUGAAUUGAUUCUUUGACUUCAUUUGAUUAUGCUACUGGUUUACCAUCUUUACAUUAAGUUUGUUCAUUAGUUUAUUUAUUCAUUUGUUUUUUAACAUACACUGCUUUUUUUUUAUGCUUUAUGUAGUGAGGGUGUUAAGAUUUACUCAUCAAUUAAAUGUAUAUGUUAGGUUGUAAUUUUAAAGAAAAAUACCAAUGUGAUUACGUAGAAUCAAAUAGUUCUUACUAAUGACAAAAAUAGCUUAACAUAAAUUUUUAUAAAAAAAAGUAAACUUUCCUUUGGUGUGUAUUUGUUAAAAUAUGACCAGCUUCCACCAUUGACUAAGAAAUAUAAUAAAAUACUGAUACAACUGAAGUGUCAGACUUUUCAAUAUGAAUCUGCGACUGUACAAGAAUCCACAAACUGACAUUUCUGAUACUGGUAGUCAUACAGGAGACGUGAAUAUUGUAAUCUUGCUUGCUGACUGGAUCAUUAGAGGACUGUCAUGAUAUUUUAUUGUACAUGAAUCGGCAGCUAUUUAUAAUGUUAGAUUCAAUUAUAAUUAUUGAAGGUUAUAUAUGUAAGCAAAAAAAAAAAAAAAGGACAUUGUAAUAGAUUCAGUUAAUGCCUAAAUUUGUAAGUUACUUAGUUCAUAAUAUUAAUUUUCUAUUGUAUUUGUAGUACAAUGAAGAUUUCUUAUUUGACAAUUUAUCAUUUCUGGUGUUAAUCUGUUUAAAAGAAUAUUUUGCCAUAAGUGUUUGUUUUUUUUUUCCAGAAUAAUACUUUUUUUUUCUUUCAUUGUUAGUUUGUUUAGUCACUAACCACAUUUCAUUGAAACUAUUUUGAACAAGUAUCACUGAGAACAUGUCUCAUUCUUAGUUGUUUUUUCUGUUCAUUGUAAAUAUUGUGUGUAAGAUAAUGUCACAGACAGGAACAAUGGUCUCAUGUUUGUUUGGUUUUUCUCUUUUUUUUUUUUUAUUAUAUUUUUUUUACUAUGUUUUGUUAUAGUGACUUGUCAGAUGUGCAUUCCUAAAAGACAAAGAAAAUUGCAUUUAAAAUGUAAUUCAACAAACAUUCACAUUAGACAAAACAAGUAAAAUAUUUAAAAAAUAAUUUUUAAAAAGACAGUUCCUUCUUUAUCGAGCUGAUGACUGUUUCGUAAGAGCAAAAGUUUUGCUCUCAAUUACUAAUGAAUGAUAGAUUUCAACAAAAAUAGAACAUUUUUUACCCCCGCCUCGUCCCUUUACCCACAAAAAAAAUCCUGGUUAAGCCAAUACACUAGUCAAAAGUAUAUAAAAUUCUUAUUAUAGACUUAAUAGUUCCUGAACGCCUUUUGAUUUAUUAAUUCUUUAACGAAGAGUCCUACAAGGAGAAAAGCCAACUGUCGCAUGUCUGUUCAAGGUAGAUUGUUUAGACCGCUAGCCAAAUUUAAAUUGAUUUUUUACUAUACUUUGAAAAAUUCUAAUGGUCAAACCAGAGUUUUCUCAAUGUGGUCAAUUAGCUAGUAAUUCUUUUCCCAAGGAUAUAGACCAGCUGUCAAAAUUUCUAAGAAACUUUUUGUCUUUACUUUUCUUUUUGACUCAAUAAAGACUUGGCAAGAUGAAAAGAGGAAGUGUAAAAACUUUGUUAUAUUUGUACCGGUAGCAUUAUUUCAAUGUAUAAAAUGGAUGACAUUGAGACUUUUAACAAAAUUUUCACGUCUUCCACAAUUUUAUACAAAAAAAUAUUUUAAUCGAGGAAAGAUGUUUAUUGAUGGACAUUAUUCAGACAUUAUGAAAUACACAAACAUUGUCUACCUUUGUCAGUUUUCAACUACGGUAUGUUUUUUGUGGUCACUUGUUUGCAGUCUGGGAAGCUUUUUACAUAAAAUAUGUUUUCUGUAGAGAAGCUUCACUACUCAUUAUUAAUCAUUCCAAACCAACAGAUGAAGGCAAUACAACUUUAUUAAAGGAAUACAUUUAAAAUAGCUAAAAAAAAAAAAAAAUUUGUAUUCAAGCCAAAUUUUGCUCACAUAUAGUAACUUCAAAGUGUAGGCUGCAUCAAAAGCUAUUGGUGUGAAAAUCAUUGCAGAAAAGUUAAAAAUACUCAUUUGUGGUGGUGGUCACAAUAUGCUGUAUAUGGCUUCAUCACAAAGCAAUGAAAAAUGUCCACACAGUAAUUAGGGACAACUUUAACAGAGCAAAAUCAGCUUUUAAUUGUCCAUAGCACUUGUACUUCUUUAUUGUUUUCAACCCUUACUGCAAAUCUUGAUUGUGUAGUACAAGUUAGCUAGAGAAAUGGUCUGUCAGACUUACACAUUGGUACAUUUUUAAUACUAUUAGAACAUUUUUAGAUAUGAUUUAUUGAUCAAGAUAGUGCUUUGGAGUUACAUGUGGAGAAAAAAGUUGAAUGAAGCAGUGGACUGGCUUAUCUACAUUCACAAAUGCAGCUUCUAACCUGAAGGAGUUACGAACAUUGGUUUCACACACACACACACACUUUAGCAUGUCAACAUAUAAAUGAUGAUACAUAACUGUACUGUCCACAUAGUUAAAGUUACAUAUUCUUUUGAUAAAUUUUCCUGAAUAAUACCAGUAUUUGAAUAGGUUACAGUUUAUACUGACCCCGUUAAUUUCAAUUCAGGUGCUUGAUGACUUGAUGAUUUACCAGCACUGUAUGUAGAAAUGACAAGAAUUUAUUCUAUUUGUUUGUUUAUGCAACUGUACUCUCCAAUCAAUUUGUUGUUCACAAUUUAUAAUAAUAAAUAGGGUACUGGGUUUAAGGUGUAUUGUAAAAACAGGUUAGAAUUUAUUUUUUUUGCUUAAUUUUAGCUUUUUAGUUAGUCUUGUCAGAAAGAUAUUUAACAUAUUUAAAGAAGAAAGGAAGAAUAGGAAAACUAAAUUAUAUAGUAAUUAUAUUAGGGCCCUGAAGAGCUUAUGAGGUCUAUUAUUUUAUUGGUGUUUUAUAUCAAAUGUUUAACCAACAAUAUAAUUGUUUCUGCAAAAAUAUAUAUAUUUGUAUUGAGGUAAUAAAGCUUACAUGGUUACACAUUACCAUAUUUACUAUAUCUUUUACAGAAGGAUACAAAAUAUAUUUGUGAACAACAAUAACUGCCAGGCAGCUAUACAUUUAAAUGUUGUAUGUAGCAUUCUAUUGCAUGGUUUAGUUUUGCGUACUGACUACUUGAAUCUUCAAAAUAGUGACAAGAAUUGUGUAAAGAAUGAAUUGAUCUCCACAUAGCUCUACACAAAGAUCAUUUUGAUUGCAGUAUUUUGUUUGUUUUCAUUACAAGUUGAGAACAUUGCUGUACUGGUUAGAACAAUUAGGGAUUUCUUUCAACCUUAUCAAAAGACUUAUUUUAUGUUAUAUUCUCUAUAGAGAAAAAUGAUCAUCACAUUUGAAGCAUGUCCUGUAAAGCAAAUAAUAGAUUGUUUUAUUGGCUUGAAUGGCACGGCUGCUACUACUUGUCUUCACUUGCUUCCCUUUAUUGCCCACCAAAAGACAAAUUGUUUAGCAAUCAAAAUGAGACACCAAACUAAAUACACAUCUGAAAAGAACAAAAUAAAAUGUACCUAAGUUUGAAUAAGCAGUUAAUUUGUUAAUAGACAUUUGACAUCAAGCAAUACAAUACUAACUUGCCCUAAGUUUCAUUUGGCCUCAUGUUUUUGUAGAAAACUUUCAAAUCAAUUGGUUUUAUUAUAAGAUGUUUUAUUUUUAUGCUUUUUUUUUUCCCAAUACCAUGACAGUUUUUUUUUAAUAUAUUCCACAAUGCACAAAUUAAUUUUUUUACAUUUUUGAAGUCUUAUAUUUUUAUAUACCGGUAAUUAAAAGUUUGUUUUUUUUUACAGUAAAAAGGGGCUUCUCUCUUUACUUGUAAGAUUGGAUAAAAGAUAGGUCCAGUCCAUUUUUAUAUAAUUCUAAGAAGCUAUGAUCACAUUGAACAAAGAGGAUCAUUGUAUGCAUGGAGUCAUUAACAUUUUUGAGAAGGCCUCAGGAGAUUUUUAUAUUUUUUUAUGUAAGACUUAAGCUUAUGAAUCACCAACAGAUUUGAUUUAAUAGCCCAAAAUCUUUUCUUCAUAAAUAUUGUCCAUUUUUCUUACUUUCACUGAUUCCAACAAAUUUUGCAAGGCACAAAUAAUUGUUGUAAUUUGUAUAAGGGCUGUUAAUGAUUAUUUUAUGAAUUUGAUGCUUCAUUGAUUAAUUAAUCAAAGUAUUUAUUUUCUGAAGUGAAUUUUUUAAAUGAUAAUUGAUUUUUUAAACAUUUGUAUUAAAAAAAAAAUAUUUAAAUUGUAUAUUCAUCUUGUAGAUUGAUUUUUAAAGGAUUUGGUACAUUUUCAGUUUUAAAAUAAAGACUAAAAAAUAAUAAGUAAAAGAAAGAUUAAUUUCUAGCCAAUACAAAGUUAAAGAUAUAUUUGCAAUUAUUGAGUUUUUGUCCAAGGAAGGAUGAAAUUAUGUUAAGGCCAAGUGACAGCUUAUGGUUUUAAAAUAAACUUUAUUCUUAAGAAGUGAGCUUAUCCAUCUGUAUUAUUUUACCUUCCUGUCUUUGUUGCUUUAAACUUGAGAGCUAGAUUGUUUCAAUGGUGUCUAUAAUGCAGGUCGAUAUUUCUAGAUUAAGCUGCAUUUUUCAACCAAGGGGAGCAGAAAGGCGGCCAUUUUUUUCUAGGGAGAAAAGAAAUCUGUUUAAUUUUUCGCAAUGUUUAAUAAUGUUAAACUAAUUAUAUUAGGAUAUAUGAUUUUAUUUUCUUAGUAGGAUUUUUUAUAACUUAUUUGCUAGAGGAAUCCUCAGCUUAUCAACACAAAAUGUUUUGUUGUUUUUUUUUUGAAGAAAUUUCAAUAUGUUUCUUCUAAAGUGAUUAUAAUUUUUCUCACAUCAGAAUGGUAGAGAUUUUCCUGGAUAUUUUACCUUCAUUCUGUUUAAGCCUUUUUGUGUGAUUGAAACAUCCUGCUACAAGAUAUCUUCUGACAAUGAGAAUAAUCUAACAAUUCUAAAUCUGCCCAGUACUCUAUUUUACUAGGAGAUAUAUAAUGCACUUAAAACACCUAACAUCUUGAAAAAGGUUAGGCCCCCUGUUCCCACUGAGGAGCUCCCAGAGGUAAGGGAGAUGCAAAAAUUAAUUUGUUUGUCAGUAGAGGUUGAUAAACACUUAGCCAAAGUAUAAUAAAUUUAUCCUUGUAGAAUUGUACAAAUCAAUAUAUUAAACACAUUUAUUUUAUUUUCUCAAAAUGGCUGACUGAUAAAAAUUGCACUAUUCCUGUACAUACUGAUAUUAUGGUGUGUAUCUUGUGCUGAGCUUCUUGCUUUGGUCAUUAACUGUUAAAAUUUCUCAUGUUGGCUUUACAUGUUGAAAAUGCAAAGUUAGUCUGAUUUCACCUCCUUUGUCUUGCUCUGCCUGUUAUAUCACCUAGUGUUCUGAUGUUGUGUAUCCAGGCCUUCCAUUAAAUAGUAAUGAAAUGUACUUGACACUUAAUAGAAGGCAAUGAAUUAGUACCGGGUAUUGAAAUAUUUGCUUGUUAGUCGGCAUAGGUUUUUUGUUUCUUUUAAAACAUCACUGGCUGCAUCCUCUAUAUUUUAUUUUUAGUGUUUACAAAAUGUCCAAGUUUUUAGCCUACAAAAAAUCAGCCUUGUAUUGUAGGCACUAGAAUUGACUGAAUCCAAGGAAAGUGCAGAAUUGCUAAGGUUUUGUUGUUUGUUUUUAUUCUCCUUCAACCUGCCAAUAGUGUGAUUUGCAUCCCUGGCUCUCAUAGCUGAUAGAAAAAAGUUUUACUUUUGAUCAAGUUUUUCAUUGUUGUGAACAUUUUGGUUUCAUCAAAUCCAGUUCCAAUAAUUAAAAUAUAUUAUAAAUUAUAUAUCUUUUUUUUUUAUCCUUUUCAUUUAAUAUCACUUUCAUAAUUGUACAUUUUAGGUUCUAAGCAGUUGAAUAUUUGUUGAGCUUUUCAGUUUGUAACUAAUUAACAAAGGAAAGUUAUUGAAGUUUCUAAGUAGCAGCCAUAUACAUGUAAACCUAUUAAUAGGUUUCAAAGAAAAGAAUGAACAUAAUGGUAUUGAUGUUUUUAUAGACAGUGUUUCUUAAUGCAAUUAUGUUCCUUUAUUUUCAAAAUGAUGUUUUAAACCAUAGACAUAAAUAAAUAUAGACUGGAAAAAGGAAAUAACUUCAUGUAACUUGAAAACAUGUAUAUCUAUUGUUGUCGGAUUUACGAAUUCUGAAAAGUUGCAUGAUCUUCAGUCUUAGAGAUUAAACAAAACUAUAAUGCUGUAUAAUAAAUAAAGUACACAAAAUUGCAAAAAGUCACAAAUUUUUGUUUCCUAAAACUCUUGUAUCGGCCAGCCUAUAUAUAUUUAUGUCUAUGUUUUAAACUGAAUAAUUUUUUUGUGAUCUAUAUUAUGAAUUCAACAAAUGUCAACAUUUUUUUUUUGGCUACUAGUAGAACAAAUCUUGUAAUUGAUUUAUGGAAAUAUUUCGCAUAAAUAGAUCUUUACUUCAAAAAAAAAGUGAGGGUAGUGUUAACUUUAAACAUUUCAUUUCCAUGAAAGAGAAUAGCUCGGUGAAAAUAUUUUCUUAUACUUCUACUUCAUGCAUUCAGUAGUUUUCAUCUAUUACAGACUUCAUUGACAAUGUUUGUGUAUUUACAUUAUUCAAAAAGUGCACACCAGCCUGCCUACAUGUGUCAAGCAUUUAUUUAGAUUGUGUGUAAAGAUGAUGUUGACAUGUGGAGAGUGUAAGUCAUGAGAAUACAUGGUAUUAUCUAUAUGCUGAAGUUUUGUUCAAAUCUAUGUUUCUGCAUUCUUUAUAUUGUGUUGGAAACUUACUAACAAAAAUAGUCCAAUUCA